GACACACACGCACACACACUCAGAUCUGCAGCAGAGCCUCGUCCUAGGGGCUUUUUAAACUGUGCUCGCUUCACGCUCCAACAACAACAUCGUCCAGCCGAGGCACCGCACCGCACCGCACCGCACCGCAGCGCCGGACGCGUCGAACCGACGGACACCGCGGGGACAACGACCCGCCUCAGCUCCUGAGACAGACAACGAGGACAUUUUAAAAACGUGUUUUAAAGAGAGAGAGAAAGAGAGAGAGAGUCCGGAUAGGAGCUGCGGGUCAAUUAACCCCUCAACCCCCCGGAGCGCUGCUGCCGCUGACGGGUGACGCCACGGUGACAGUUCCCCGGUGUGAGAUGCGAGCGGAGCCGGCGUGUGACCCUCGUUCCGUCGUGUUCCAUGCGGUUGUGGCCGCGGCGGACUCCGGGCUUGCAGCGAACUCGGCGCGGCCGCGUUGAUGCAGCAUCUGCGGGGUUCGAAUCCGCCACCGCUUGGAUCUGGGAGGACAAAAGGUGUAAAACCAACCGGGGGCCCGGACCGAGAACCAGCGGCUUGCGACCACCAGUGGCUGCUUGAAGGAUUGUGUAAUACAGUGAAGUGACAGCCUGCAGGUAGCUGCGUCAGGAUGGCGGCGGUGGUGAACUACUCUCCACCGUGGUGGGUGAAUCUGCUUCACAGGCUGCCUCAUUUCAACAUCGAGUUCCAGACGGUGAGCAGUGACUUCAGGCCCGAGGACUCCGAGUAUCAAAAGUCCGUCUUGCUGCUCGGUGCUGUGGCCUUGCUGUGUUUGGGCCUGGACCUCCUCUUUCUCCUUUUCUACUCCUUCUGGCUCUGCUGCCGGAGACGCAAGAGUGACGACUCCUCUCACUCCCAUUCCCACUCGCAGCAGCCGAGCGCUGACUGCUGCUGCACGGCCUGGUGCGUCAUCAUCGCCACACUUGUCUGCAGUGCUGGCAUCGCCGUGGGCUUCUACGGGAAUGGAGAGUCGAGCGAUGGAGCCAAUCGUUUGGCGUACUCCCUCCGCCAUGCCAACCGCACCGUCUCUGGGGUGGAGAAACUGGUGUCUGACAGCGCCCUAGCCUUAAACCAGACCGUGGAGGAGAACCUGGUCCAGUUGGAGACGGCCUUCCAGGACCAGACAGACUACGUGUCCAUCGUCCAGAAGCUGCAGGGCCAGCUGGAUGAGCUGGUGAGGCUGAUGGUGGACGUUCCCUUCUGGUCCAAUACCGAUGUGUCACUGGAGGACUUGGCCCGCAAGACUGAGGCUUUUGACUUUUACAGGUGGAUGGGAUACCUGGGCCUGCUGCUGUUUGAUGUACUCAUCUGUCUCCUGGUGCUCUUCGGCUUGAUUCGUAACUCCAGAGGAACUCUCAUCGGCGUGUGUCUGCUGGGGGUUCUGACUCUGAUCAUCAGCUGGGCUUCUCUCGGCAUGGAACUGGCUGUCGCUGCUUCAGCCAGCGACUUCUGCGCCUCCCCAGAUACCUACAUCACCAGGGUCACCAAGGAAAACGCUGUCAUCAACCAAGAUAUCCUGCAGUAUUACCUGAGGUGCAGCCCUGGCCAAAUUAAUCCCUUCCAGCAGAGGCUGUCAGGGAGUCACAAAGCAUUGGUGGAGAUGCAGGAUGAUGUGGCAGAGCUACUGAGAUCAGCAACACGUGAUUAUGCCAACACUAAGGGGAGUCUCGAGCAAAUCCAAUCUGUGCUGAAUUCCACGGAGGUCGGUCUUCACCAGCUGACGGCUCUGGUCGACUGUCGCAGCCUCCACAUGGACUACGUUCAGGCAUUAACAGGCCUGUGUUAUGACGGAGUGGAGGGUGUCAUCUACCUGGUUCUCUUCUCCUUCGUCACCGCUCUGAUGUUCUCCUCCAUCGUGUGCAGCGUGCCACACACCUGGCCCGGCAAGAGGACGGAUGAGGAAGAUGGAGAGGACGAGUCGGCCGCCUCACGUGGCGGCGUGCACGAUAACCUGUACCGCGUUCACAUGCCCAGUCUCUACAGCUGUGGCUCCAGCUACGGUAGCGAAGCUAGCCUGCCCGCUACGGCCCACACUGUCAGCAAUGCCCCCGUCACUGAAUACAUGAGCCAGAACGCAAACUUUCAGAACCCUCGGUGUGAGAACACCCCCCUGAUUGGCAGGGAGUCCCCUCCACCCUCUUACACCUCUAGUAUGAGAGCGAAGUACCUGGCCACCAACCGACCAGACCAGAACCGACGCUCCGUUCCCAACGACCAACUGGACCCGACUAGCCGGCCUCACCCCGCCGCCCGACCCCAGUCGUCAGUCCACUAGAUACCAGUCCACAUCAGUGCUGCCUGAAUCCAGUUCUCACCGCCAACAAGACCCAACGCCGCAGCGCUCAACCAGAGCCGAGCGCUUCAAGCACCAACAGAACCCCAGUUCGUCAAAGUCCACUGAAUCUCACUCCAUCACCGGUUCACCAGAAUCAACACAGCAAGUCAGAACUCACCAACCCCACGUCCCAGUAAAGGACCGCACAAGGUCAACAAGUAUUUAGAAAACAUCUAAACCAAUCAAUCUUCUUCCUCCUACAAGAUCAAUAUCUCUGCUACUCUUCUUCUUCGUGAACGUACAUCUCACGUUGCUCAGUCCACCACUGCUGGUCAGCCCGCCAUACCCACAAUCCACUGCAGCAAAAGCUCUGGCUCCUUCUCCUUUCUCUCUGUUUCUUCUUCCGCCUCUCCAGAUAUCUCCUCCUCCACUAGGAUCUGUACACUGCCCUCUAGUGGAUAAAGCUACAUCACUUCAACACAUACUCGCACUGUACAGAGCUGUAAAUAGUAAACAUGUGCUUUAUCCUGAUUCCAUGAAACGUAGACUGAUGAAUCAUUACUGGUAACGUGGUGUGCUGUGUGUUUAUCAUGGAAAAGUUUCGCUGUAUCUCUCCUAUACACACACACAGACACACACACACACGCACACACACACGCAUUGUAUAAAUAGGAUUCCAGCGAAUCAGAAAGCCAUGUUUAGGUAGAAACUCGCACCACAUCCACGUUCUCUCUUUAACUUAACAUUGGUGUCUAAUAACGAAGACUUGAAUCGUGAGCUUCUGAAGUGUGUGUCUCUCUCCUUGCGUGCACGUCAGUUAAUGCAUCUUUUGAACAUGAGCCAGGAAUCCUGUGGAGGACUAAACUCUUGGAAGAAAUGGAGGGAGAGACAAAUAGGACAUGAAGGAGGCUCAACCUGUGCCAAAAACUAUAUCAUAAAUACGAGGGACGCCUGAUGCUGUCCUCUUCUCCUGCUGCCUCCAGAUGAAACAGACUCUAUCUGGAACGUUUCCUCUGUGACUGUAAAUAAAAGGGAAGAAGAGAGACACUUGAAACAGGAAGCGAUGGACAGAUGAUUGUUACCACACGUUUGCCAGGUGCUAAAUAAGCCAGAGGACGAUCAGCACUGAGGAAGGGAAGGAAAAGUUUUACUACAGUGUUGUUGUUUUUUUUCAAUCAGGGAUGUGAUCAGGAAAACACAACAAAGAUGAAAAAAAAAAAACUUUACAUCACCACCGACAGGAAGUUGUGCCCUGAACCCUGAACACGUCCCUGAUUAAUAACGUUACCUAAGUGUUUCAGAAUUAAAGACAGUGGGUGUUUGUUUUUUUAUGUUCAUUCAUAAUCUGACAUUUGGGUUGUAAUACUGUGACCAACUGUAGUAUUCUAUGCUUCUUAAUUCCUGUGCUUUUAUUUUGUUAAGCGGUGACUUGUGAUAUUCAGCCACCAGAAGCGAGAUUUUAUUUUGUUUGUUUUUUAAUUUUUUUACCCACAAGCACAAAUUCUCUUCAAGGUUACAUCGUGAGAGGGAGAAGUAAAAACACUGCCAGUGGUUUUUCCUCCGACUCUGCAACUCUGUGUACGAAAACAAAAACUGUAGUCGUGAACCUGUGUGUGUGUGACAUCACUGCAGCGUGAUUGGCUGUUGCUCUAUCUCAGUGUUACCUUGUGUAAAUACAUUGAUCAGUGUGUGUGUGACUGGCCGCAAGCGAGGGUCAGUCUAUCUUCAUUUCUAUAGGGACACUGCACAUGCCCCUACACAUACACACACACACACACAGUAACACACACACACACAUAUAUAUAUAUAUACAUGCCGUGCAGACACACACAUACACAUUAAACACACUGCAGUGUCGUACAAAGACCCAUCUUUCCCUGCUUUUGCCCAGUUUAGUAACCGCACACCCUCCCACCGCUGUGACAUCACACCAAUGACCAUUUGCAUUAUGGGUGAUGUAGUAGGUAGUAGCUGCAUUUCAGAGAAACCCCCAUAGUUAGCCGAGCGAGCGGAGCCCCACCCCCUCUCAACCACCAUUCCUGUACAGCAUUUUAAUAUUUUACGAUUAAUCAAUGACCACUUCUCGUAUUAGCGAGACAAUCUUACAAGUGUGAUUUUACUAGAAAGAAAAUGUCCAUGUUAUGGUAACAAUGCUACCUAUGGUCUAGUAUUUUACAGUGUGUUUUUCUUUUUUUUGUUGCACCAUCGAUGCAAACGAUGUUAAGAUCUGUGGGACUAGUCACUGAUUAAUGGCCUUUCAUAAUGUUUUUAAACUCUUACAACACUUCAUAUCACGACAUGUUUUUUUAUUUCUCUCUGUCUUGUAAAAAAAAACUCAAAGUUUAAAGAUAAAACAAUAGCUAGCUGUUUUGUAGGAGAAUAAAGGCAAGAGCAGCGUUUUUCCUCUCUUAUUAAUGGUGAAUGACUCUGUCUUGCAAUGUUUUAAUAAAACUAUUCCAGUGUUCCCUGCACACCUGGAUCACAGUUGUGUUUGAAUUCCUGUGCGAUGAUUUGUGGGAUUAACCUGGUACAGCUCGAAUCGAUGGGGGGUGGGGGGGAAAGAAUGUGUGUAUGUGUGGAGUUUACCGGACUUCAAACACACCUCUGCCCAGAUGUGACGGACAAUGUUUUCUAUGGCUGUUUUUAUUUUCUGAUGGUUUAACUAAGAUAUUAAUGAUGUACAUGUCAAAACUGUGGUAAUGAUAUCAUUCAGCCUGGAAUAAAUGUUUAAAAAAAUGAAAUUAAAGCAAAUUUAACGUA